AUGUCGAAGAAGGAGGUCCGCCUGCUCGCGCUCGACGGUGGCGGGGUGCGCGGCCUGUCAGCGCUCAUGAUCCUCGAGCAGCUUAUGGAGGCUGUCAACCUAGACGAUCCGCCGAAGCCGUGCGACUACUUUGACAUGAUCGGUGGGACGAGCACGGGAGGGCUGAUCGCGGUCAUGCUCGGCCGGCUGAAGAUGAGCAUCGACGAGUGUAUCGACGCAUACCUUUCGAUUAUGGACAGAGUGUUCAAGAAGAAGCAGCAUAGAGUCACGAUCAAGGGCAAGCUCCAGGGGAGAUUCGACUCAGACGAGCUGGCGAGAGCUGCGAAAGAGGUUAUCACGGCACGGGGUCUCCAGGAAGAUACCCUGCUGAAAGACGCUGCUGACACUCCGUGCAAAGUCUUCGUGUGCGCGACGAGCAAGGAGACGAGCGAGACAGUGUGCUUGACAAGCUACAAGAGUCCUCGCAGCGGCAAUGACCUCCUGAACAGCGUUAAGAUCUGGGAGGCGUGUCGAGCUACGUCCGCGGCAUCGUCCUUCUUUGACCCGAUCGCCGUUGGUCGGUAUAAGGAGGAGUUUCUAGAUGGCGGCACAGGCGCAAACAAUCCGAUCAUGGAGGUGUGGAAUCAGGCGCAGCUGCUGUGGGGUCCUGAGCCGUUGGAGGGCAAGGUGCGAUGCGUCGUCUCGAUAGGAACGGGGGUACCAUCCCUAAAGCCUUUCGACGACGACCUGCUGCACAUAGGUGGGACGCUGCUUGCGAUGGCUACUGAGACUGAGCAGACUGCCGAGAGGUUCCGACGAGAUAAGGCAUACUUGGACGACAGCAAUCGAUACUUCCGCUUCAACGUGGCGCAUGGGCUGGAGGAGGUCGCCCUCGACAAAUCAGACAAGAAGAAGGAGGUGGCAGCGGCAACACGGCGAUAUAUGACAUCACAGGAGGUGUAUAAGCAGAUGCAAACGUGUGCAGGCAAUCUUGCAGGCAAAGAAUACAUGGGAGAAUAUCGAGUUGAUUUCAGUCUUCAAGGUGUUCUACAAGCGAGAGAAUUCAUUGACAGGCCAAAUGAGAUGCGAGCGCUCGAGCAAGCACUACUACCUCGGAGGGGUAACAACCGCCGAGCGACGUUUGUGCUGUACGGACUAGGCGGGAUCGGGAAGACGCAGCUUGCUGUGGAGUUCAUGCGACGUUACCAACGUGCCUUCAGCUGUGUAUUCUGGCUCGAUGGAAGCAGUCAAGACAGCCUGCAGCAAAGCAUUGCGAGGAACGCAAGCAGGAUUCCCGACGGCCAGAUCUCGCAGACUAGUAAACAAUAUGCCGAGACGAGAGAGGGUGAUAUUCAGGUAGUGGCGAGAGAAGUGCUUGCUUGGCUUGCCCUUCCCGAUAACAGCCGCUGGCUGGUCGUAUUUGACAACGUUGACCGAGAGCAUGGGCAACACGUCGCAGAUCCUCUGGCGUACGAUGUUCGGCUGUACUUUCCCGCCGCCGACCAUGGAUCUGUCCUCAUCACGAGUCGACUGGCCAGGCUGGAGCAGCUCGGAACAUCACAGCAUGUUACUAAAGUUGAUGAAGGAACUGCGCAGGCGAUUCUCAGCAGCUGGUAUAAGAAAAGCCAUGACCCGAACAAAAGUAAGCCGUUGCUUGACCUCCUUGACGGCCUCCCGCUGGCCAUCGCGCAGGCCGGCGCGUACCUGCAAGAGACUGGUGUUGGAUUUGAGAAGUAUGUCGAGUUCUACGAGCAGCAGUGGGCGGAGUUGAUCGGGCCGGAGAAUCAGCCCGAGAUGCCACUUCAGGAGUAUGGGGGGCGCAGUGUUUGGACGACAUGGGCUCUUUCCUACGACGCCAUUUGGAGGCAGAGUGAGGCUAUAGCCAAGCUGCUGUUACUGUGGUCGUGCCUGAACAAUCAAGACAUGUGGUAUGGAUUGUUUAACAAGGCUUGUGGGUCAAACGCCGAGGUAGCUGCAAAGGUGUCUGACUGGAUCGGGAGCCUGGGAAGCAAUGAAAUGAAGUUCGUGCAGGCGAUGCGGCUGCUCCGGAACUAUUCGAUGAUUGAGGAGGUGGAAGGCACGGCGAGCUAUACGACUCAUCCAGUGGUGCACAAGUGGGCGAACCACUAUGGCUGUCGAGAGCAUGGUGAACAGCUAGCUGAACUUGCAGUUCUUCUUGUCGGAUGGGCUGUCCCAAACAAGUCGAGUCGUGACUAUAUGGCCUUGCAGAAGCGACUCCUACCUCAUGCUUUAGGCAAGCUUAAGGAGGCCGAGGCGAUGUACAUGCGGGCGUUACAAGGCUACGAGGAGCUACUUGGUGCACCAGCCGUCAACUCGUACGUGCCAGCGUUGAACACCAUGUGGGGUUUUGGCGACCUUUACGCUGAGCUGGAUAAUAAUAAAUGUGCUCAGGCAAUGUACGAAAGGGCGAUAGCUGGCUUCACUGUAGUUCGCGGGUCGCUCUCCGAUACGUGUAGCUCCAUUCAAGAACGUCUCGACGCGCUAGAUCUCUUUUCUGAUAAUCAGAAGCCCGCACAGAGGUUACACUUGAAGCGAUUAAGAGAAGAGCGCGAUGGGCACAGUGUCUCAAGCGGUAACAAACAUAGUCGAUUAGGCUCAGCUCACUAA